GAAGUUCUUCCGGGAGACACUCUUGAACUUAUUCACUCGUGCGAAAGACAGAGAGAGAGAAGAGAAAAAACAUAAUUCGUAGAAUAAAUUUCAAAAAUUUAAAGCCAUGAAUGAAAGUUUCUUCAGUUACUCGGAAGAUGGAAAACUGAGGUGUGAAAAUGUGGAUUUGACGCAGCUGCAAAAUGAGGUCAGUGGUAAAUGCGACCAGCCGUUUGUUGUGUACAGCAAAGGACAGCUCGUGAAAAAUAUUCAAGGUUAUUUGAACGGAUGGAAAGACGGAGUGAAAUUCAGCAUUGGUUUCGCCCUCAAAGCGAAUUUCAAUCCCAACAUUUUACAAUUGAUCAAGGAAUUCAACAUCAAUUGCAUCGCAGUCAGUGGGAACGAAGUCAACCUUGCUUUAAGAGAGGGUUACCAACCGCAACAAAUCAUUUUCAAUGGCAACGGAAAACAGAGGUGGGAAAGAAAACUUGCUCUACAAGCAGGUUGCUACCUGAACAUUGACUCAGCCAUGGAUGCAAAGAGCACUUCAUCACUUGCUACAGAACUGGGGGUUGAGGCAAAACUGUUUCUCAGGAUAAACCCAGAUGUCACCAGUGCACAACUUGAAGGUGUUCAUGAGUACAAUUCUACUGCUACUUCAGACUCAAAAUUUGGAGUGAGCUCACAGCACUUGGAUGAGGUCUUGGAGAUCAUAAACUCAAAUGAAAAUUUACACCUGGUGGGUCUCCAUUGCCACCUUGGAAGCACUAUCAAAGACGUAUCUGUGCUCUUGGACAAUCUUAGGUAUUUGAUGACUCUUGGAGAAAAGCUGAGGCCAAAACACCAGAAUCUAAAGGUUUUGAAUAUUGGUGGAGGACUUGGCAUUGACUAUUAUCAUCAAACAGAAGUUGGUGUGCCUUCACCAUCAGAUUUAAUCAAGGCAUUGAAUGAAGAACCUGGAAUGGAUGACUGGGAAUAUGUGCUGGAGCCUGGGAGGUCAUUAGUGGGAAAUACAGGAAUGAUUGUGGGAAGAGUGUUGGGCAUCAAAGAAGGAGCCAAAACAGGAAAGAGGUUCAUUGUGACAAAUGUGGGAAUGAAUGACUUGAUAAGACCAUCAUUGUACAAUGCCCAUCAUCAUAUUAGUGUUCUGGACAAAGCUCAAACUUUUGGAGAUCCCAUGCCUUUUGAAAUAGUCGGGCCAAUUUGUGAAUGCGGGGAUUUCCUAGCAAAGGGUUUCACGAUGCCUGAACCCGUAGCGGAAUGUGGAAUUGCAGUUUGGGAUUGCGGCGCUUACGCGACAUCUAUGAGCAGUAAUUACAACCUUCGCCCGAAGUUGGCAGAGGUUUUGGUAGAUGACAAUCAAUGGUGCCUCAUUCGCCGCGCUGAGGCCUUGGACGACAUCUUGCGGACGUUUUACGACCUUCGCGGGAGGCCCUUGGAAACCUCCUUUGAAAUAGUCGGGCCAAUUUGUGAAUGCGGGGAUUUCCUAGCCAAGGGUUUCACGAUGCCUGAACCCGUAGCGGAAAGUGGAAUUGCAGUUUGGGAUUGCGGCGCUUACGCGACAUCUAUGGGCAGUAAUUACAACCUUCGCCCGAAGUUGGCAGAGGUUUUGGUAGAUGACAAUCAAUGGUGCCUCAUUCGCCGCGCUGAGGCUUUGGACGACAUCUUGCGGACGUUUUACGACCUUCGCGGGAGGCCCUUGGAAACCUCCUUUUCAGUGGAAGUAGGACCAACUUAUUGGCUUCAAAACCUCUACAUGUCACCAGAGAACAGGAAUAAAGGCCAAGGCAAGCAAUUGUUACUCGCUACCAUGAAGGAAAUUUUAAAUCAUCCCUGCAACCGACUGAACUUCGCCAUGGAAGUUGAGAAACCAGAAAUUGUAGCAUUUUAUAAUCGCUUGGGAGUCCAGGAUUUCACCCAGCAACACAACUGGAAAUUACUCAAGUUCAACAAUGAAACAUUGCAUCUGGAAGUAGGACCAACUUAUUGGCUUCAAAACCUCUACAUGUCACCAGAGAACAGGAAUAAAGGCCAAGGCAAGCAAUUGUUACUCGCUACCAUGAAGGAAAUUUUAAAUCAUCCCUGCAACCGACUGAACUUCGCCAUGGAAGUUGAGAAACCAGAAAUUGUAGCAUUUUAUAAUCGCUUGGGAGUCCAGGAUUUCACCCAGCAACACAACUGGAAAUUACUCAAGUUCAACAAUGAAACAUUGCAUCGUUUGUCCCAGCAAUGA